UUGGAUCCAGCGAAUCCGGAUAGGGUUGUGGCUCUGCCCCCUCCACCGGUACCCAGUGUUGAUGAUCGGCCGGUGUUGCUGAGAGUAAAUGGACCGGGCUAUGAAAAGUGGACCAGUCAAAGGACAGAAACCCUCAUCAACGAUCGCCCUGUUCAAAGUGCUUCAAACAAUCAUGGAAAGGCUGUUCAGUGGAAAGAGACGUUGGUUGAAGAUCAACAAGGAAAGAGGAAAGUCUACGAUCCAUAUGCCGGUGAACGAUCACCCUUCGCGAACGCAGUAACCUCUCCACUUCCUCCAGCUCGUCGACAGUUCCAACUCCCAACCGUGAACUCAUUUGAUGAGCGGUUGCUACCGCGCUCUACGAGCAGAACUGCAUAUUUCGUUAAGUCUCCAACGGAGUUCUCAACAGUUUCUCACCCAGUAAUAACCAGUUCGAACGAGGAUCUCAGUAGGUAUGGUCUGGUCGCCCUACCAAGGAGCCCGAUACCAUCCGAAUCUGUUGGCUAUCACGAAAUCGUUUCUCAUCCGGCGGUUCCCGACACGAAACUCGAUUACCGUACCCAGCACAGUGAAACUCCGAUUCUAAGUCAGUCAUCGCAAGGUGGAUAUGAGCAAGUGCGCCGUCCCGCGACGGCAUUACCAUCUGCUCCUUUGAUUACUUCCACCAACGGGAAUAUGUCUCGCAGCCCCUCCAGUCCGCUAUACGUGGAACCGAAGCGUGACAGAGCUGAAAGGCCUAAGAUACCUCCGCCACCUCAACCGCCGCGACGACGCUCGCGGCGUUCGCACAGUUCGCACAGGUAUCGACGAGAUCGCGACGACGGACGGUACGAGCGACAUCGUAGCGAAUCGCCCAUCUAUCGUCGACCGGCUGUCACCACGCCGAAUUACACAGCAGUGCAACCAUCUACCGUAUCACCCGGAUACGGUGGUCGUUUGGAUCCAAACAUUCUACCUGGUGAAGGACCGUCAAGGGCAAAAUCUCAAGACAUUUUCAAUCUAUACCAAACACGUGACGUCAUGCAGAACGUCGUCGCACAAUUGUGA